CGGGUAUCACCAGACCAUACCGGCACUCACACAACACUCCGUUCUUCGUUCUCCACACCCCACUGCUUGAUUUCAAUCAGACGUUAAUCAUGCCGCUCAGAAACAUAGCCGUGGGAGGACCGGGAGAGGUGACUCACCCGGACGCGCUUAAAGCAGCUUUGGCUGAGUUCUUCUCGACGCUGAUCUUUGUUUUCGCAGGGUCAGGCUCGGGCAUGGCCUUUAACAAGCUCACCGAAAACGGAGCAACCACUCCGGCGGGACUCAUUUCCGCCUCUAUAGCUCACGGCUUCGCACUUUUCGUCGCUGUAGCCGUCGGCGCCAACAUCUCCGGCGGCCACGUCAACCCCGCCGUCACGUUCGGCGCUUUCGUCGGCGGGAACAUCACUCUGUUGCGUGGCAUCCUUUAUUGGAUCGCACAACUCCUUGGCUCCACCGUCGCUUGCCUCUUACUUAAGUUCUCUACUGGCUAUCUGGCCGUGCCAGCUUUUGGACUGUCAGCUGGAGUAGGAGUGUGGAACGCUGUCGUUUUCGAGAUCGUGAUGACUUUCGGAUUGGUCUACACUGUCUACGCCACCGCCGUCGAUCCUAAAAGAGGAAACAUCGGAGUGAUCGCCCCGUUGGCGAUCGGUUUAAUUGUGGGGGCCAAUAUCUUAGCCGGUGGUGCCUUCGAUGGAGCCUCAAUGAACCCUGCCGUUUCAUUCGGACCGGCUUUGGUCAGCUGGUCCUGGAACAACCACUGGAUCUACUGGGUUGGACCGCUUAUCGGCGGUGGUCUCGCCGGUCUGAUAUACGAGUUCCUAUUCAUCAACCAAACCGGACAUGAACAACUCCCCGUCACCGAUUAUUAAAAACCGGUUUAAUUGCUUGAUUUGUGACGGUUGAACUUGUUUACCUUUCAGUUCGUUCCUGUAUCGUGAUCAUCGUGCAUGGCUGAUGUUGUUUGCAAUCGCAUGCCUUGGAAAAUGGGAAUUUCGGGGCUGUAAAUAAUGUGAAUUUGUGUCGAAACUCUUUUUCUUUCUAUAA